CGCGAGACGACCCAUCCGCGCGAGGCGGAGGAGGGAAGGAGAGAGCGCGCCGGAGCAGCAGUGGCAGCAUCGUCCGAGGGCAGCAGCGCCGUGUACCCACACGCCCAUCAGUUUUCUUUUUUUUUAGUAAUAAAAACGUUUUUCACAUUAAUAUUUCACACAGAAUUCGCCUGAAGAGCGAACUAGGGCUGCCGAGACUGGUGUAGAAACGGGGAUACAGCAGCAGGGGAUAAUAUUUGUCGAGUGUGACAGUGACAGGGAGGCUGUGCGUGUGGACGUCGCCGCAGAGAAAGCAUCGAGCUCGCGGAUGCCGAUUCCCUGUACUAGAGGUUUUCUCUGUUUAUUAUAAAAGCGGGAGGCCACGCUGAGCUCUUUGUCGGAGAAGGCAGCCAGGAAGGAGAGAAGAUGUCGGGCCAGACGCUGACGGACCGCAUCGCUGCGGCGCAGUACAGCCUCACGGGCUCCGAGGUGGCGCGCGCCGUGUGCAAGGCGACCACACACGAGGUCAUGGGGCCUAAGAAGAAGCACCUCGACUACUUGAUCCAGGCAACCAAUGAGACAAACGUCAACAUCCCACAGAUGGCAGACACGCUGUUCGAGAGGGCUACCAAUUCCAGCUGGGUGGUGGUCUUCAAGGCACUGGUGACCACACAUCACAUGAUGGUUCAUGGCAAUGAGAGGUUCAUCCAGUAUCUGGCCUCCAGGAACACUCUUUUUAACCUCAGUAAUUUCCUGGACAAAACUGGCUCCCACGGGUAUGACAUGUCCACAUUCAUCAGACGCUACAGCAGGUAUCUGAAUGAGAAAGCAUUUGCAUACAGACAAAUGGCAUUUGACUUUGCCAGGGUGAAGAAGGGUGCUGAUGGAGUUAUGAGAACCAUGACAACAGAGAAGCUGUUGAAAGCAAUGCCAACUCUACAAGGGCAGAUUGAUGCCCUGCUGGAGUUUGAUGUCCAUCCCAAUGAAUUGAUCAAUGGAGUAAUCAAUGCAGCUUUCCUCUUGCUCUUCAAAGACCUAAUUAAGCUAUUUGCCUGCUAUAAUGACGGCAUCAUUAAUCUGUUAGAGAAAUUUUUUGAGAUGAAGAAAGGACAGUGCAAGGAUGCCCUGGAGAUCUACAAACGGUUCCUGACACGAAUGACCAGGGUGUCUGAAUUCCUCAAGAUUGCUGAGCAAGUAGGGAUUGACAAAAAUGACAUUCCUGAACUGACACAAGCACCUGAAAGUCUCCUUGAAUCCUUAGAGACCCACCUAAACACACUCGAGGGGAAAAAGGGUGAGGAGUCUCCCACCAAGGAGUCUCCCACCAGCAAUGGCUCUCCAUCCUCCACUUCAGCCAGAGUGGCAGAACAGGCUGCCGGUGCCUCAGCUGAACUCCUCCCUGUACCAUCGGCUGGCUCAGCUGCUCCAGCUGCCUCGAACGUUUUGUCCAAUGACUUGCUGGAUCUUGACCUCUUAUCUGGACCGCCACAGCCAGCCGAAGCAUCAGCUGCAGCAGCCCCUGUUGCAUCCACCUGGGGAGAUCUCCUCGGAGAGGACUCCCUGGGUGCCACAGCUGCUCCUGCUAGUACCGAAGCCCUUCUCUCUGAACCCACCCUCACUGCUGACACCACCUCCUCUUCCACUGCUCCGGCAACUGCUGCCGCAUCCAGUGCUACGCCUGCUGCUGCUGAGGUGACACCAGCUCCUGCUGCUGCUGCUGCUGCUGCUGCAGCCCCUGCCCCUGCUUCUUCUGCCCUCUCUGCUCCAGCUGCCACCUCUGGCACCACCGACAUGGACCUGUUUGGAGAUGCAUUUGCACCUUCUCCUGGUGAUGGUCCUGCUGCUGCUGAGGGUGGGGCUCCACCUAUCCCGCCCACCCCUGCUACAGAUGCAUGUGCUGGAUCUGACCCCUUCGCACCAUCUGAGGGUAGUGCAGAAGUGGCCCCUGAGCUGGACCUCUUUGCAAUGAAGCCCGCUGAGACCAGCCCUGCAGUAGUAGUCCCCACCACUAGCGCCGUGCCGACCGGCGGCCCCGCUGCCCCCAUUCCUCCUACCACCACCUCCACCUCCGCCACCACAGCUCCUGCACUAGAUAUCUUUGGUGAUUUGUUUGAUUCUAUGCCCGAGCAAAGUUCCGCCACAGCUUCCAAAGCAGACGCUACUCCUAGCAUAGACCUAUUCGGUGCAGACUUGCCCGCAGCCUCCCGAGGUCCCUCUCCUUUGCCUGAGGCCAGCCUGACUGCCGAUCUCCUGUCUGAUGCAUUUUCAGCACCAGCGCCUGCACCCGCGCCCACUGCUGCCUCUCCUACUAAACCUGAAAGCAGUGACGUGCUGGACCUGCUUGGCGACACCUUCGGUGGGCCUACUUCUGAGAGUCAGCCCACUGCCCCCGGGGUGCCGGCCACCGACCUGCUGGCGGGACUAAUGACCCCCAGCCCUGCCACAGCACCCUCCCCAUCCCUAACACCGACUCCAGCUGCAGCACCAGCUCUGAGCCAGAACAACCUGUUACAGUCUGGCUUUGAUGCUGCUUUCGGAUCCACCCAGGUCCCUGCCACAGCAGCGGCACCCUCUGGUGGCUUUGAUGCCUCAGUCUUCGAUGGAUUAGGUGAUCUCCUCAUCCCUGCCAUGGCACCCCAGGGCUCAGCGGCACCUUCUGCAGCAGCAACUGGGAUGGCAGGAGUGCCACCUGGAAAGGCCAUUGGAGGCGACCUUGACUCUUCCCUGGCAAACCUGGUUGGAAAUCUGGGGAUGGGGAAUCAGAAGAAAGACAUGCAGUGGAAUGAGAAGAAAUUAACAGGUGGAGCUAACUGGCAGCCGCAGGUGGCCCCUACGAGCUGGGGUGCUCCUGGUACUCAGAUGCCUGGAUCUUCCCCAGGUGCUCCUGGUGGGACAACCCCAUCUGCAUCAAUGGCCCCACCCAUGGGUGCACAACCAGGAUUCGGCAUGCCCCCAGCAGCUGGGGCUGGAGCUCCCAUGAUGCCUCAGAUGUUUCCUCAGCCCAUGAUGAGGCCACAGUUCCCUGGGGCAGGUGUACCUGGAGCUCCACUAUCACCCGGACCAGCUGCCACUCAGAGCCCUAAAAAGCCCCCCUCUAAGGACCCCCUGGCUGACCUCAACAUUAAGGACUUCUUAUAAACCCCCAAGCUACUUUAUCUGUAAGAACACGUUGAGAACAGCUUCUGUGUGUUUGCAGCCAUGGAUGGACACCCCCAGAAGAUCACAACAGCCAGAGCUCCCUCCCCCACCUCUUUUCCUUCCUUUGUCAUGUUGUAGCACAAGAUGUGAAAUCUAACCAUAGAAAAGGAGUGUGUGGUUAUCUUGAUGUUAUCUUUCCCCUAAAUGAAAUAACAUUUUUAAAAAAAAAGUAUGGUGUAUUUUGAUCCUUUUUCAGUGUUGGCGUUUGAAUUGAAUGAUGGAUGUGUGUUUUAUGCUUGCCCUGUGUCUUGGCUCCAUGCCUUGAGGUGACUGACGGGCAUUUGUCUGGUGUAUGUAUCCUUCAUUCCAGAAAGCUUUCGAUGUAUAUAAAUGUCCCUCAAAAGUUCUCUUAUUUCUGUCUUAUCUAUCUGUUUUAAGAGCAUAUUAAUGUGGAUCUAAUAAAGUAAGUCCUACGGUUAUUUUAUCUCCCAUUAUUGGUCUAAUUUGGGAAUAAAUAUUGAUAUGUGAAAUAUAAAUAUAUAUGUAUAUGUAAUGUUUGAGAGAUCCUGAAACCCAGAACCUUUAAUUUUUUUAUGUUUGUCUUUAGCUUCUGUUUUUCAUAUGUUAUUUAUACUGUGUUUAAAUUUGUACUGUAUGUACUUCAGGAUAUUUUGCCUACAAAUUUUACUUAUUUAUUAUUAUUUUAAAAUAAAAAUGGUUAUAUUUUAGUUAUUUACAAAGAUUUGAAGGUACACAGGAAUUGUCCUCUUAUAAAUUGUAGACAGAAGGCAGUAUUGAACCUCAGUUACCCAGUCAGAGUACACCCGUAGAGUAGCCUACACGGACAGGGUCGGUCUUGCCAUUCCGUUUCCCGUGGAACGAUCACUGUCUAUAUCAGUGAGCUGUUGUGUUUGACUCUCAUAGUAGUUGGUGUUUUCUUCUCACCAGACUAAGCUCAGUUCCCGUAGUGUUAUUUUUGUAUUUCCCUUGGAAUAAGAAUGAUCUCUUGGGAUCUUCCUGGGCACCUGUCCCCGUUCCUGAUUGAUGUACACAUGGUGUUUUCUGUUUCUCCUUCUCUUGGUGUACAGUGGUUUUCUAAGUGUCGGCGCAGGCAAACCGUCUUCAAGUGUCAAAGCAAUGGAAGGAGGUCGCUGUUAGUCUAUGUGGGCAGCCAUGUAGAAGCCGUACACUGUCGUCUCAUUCCAAGUGACCGUGUCAGCAACUGUUGUGGGGGAGAAAAAAAAAAAAAAAAAA